GCAGCGCUCGCGGCAUAGGCGCCGCGCGCGGCUCGCGCGCCUUGCCCAGUGCCGCGGGGCGGAUGGCGCGGGCGGCGCGAGGCCGCGCGCUCCCGCGGGCAGCGCGGCCGCGCGCGUAGGGCCGCGGGCAGCGCCCGUCCCGCAGCGCUCCUGCCGCACCGCCUCCCGCGCCUCUCCCGCGCCCCUCCGCGCCAUGCUGGCCGCCGCCUGGCUGGGCAGGGGCUCCUGGGGGCUCCUCCGCGGCGCGGCGCGGAGGCGGCCGGGCGGCGGCGGCGCGAGGCCGCUGGGCGGCCGGCCCGGUUCGGCGGCGGGCGGGGGGCUCUCGUGCCUGCCCGCGUGCGCCGGGCCCCCGCGGCUGCUGCGCGCUCCCGCCGCCGCCUGGCGCCUCCUCAGCGGCGGGGCCGCCCCGCCAGAGCCCCCCCGGGAGCGCGGCGCGGCGGGGCCCUACGCCGAGCUGUAUGAAAACCCCUGGACCAUCCCAAAUAUCCUGUCCAUGGCAAGAAUGGGUCUGGCGCCAGUUUUGGGCUAUUUGAUUGUUGAGGAGAAUUUCAGCGUUGCCCUCGGUGUCUUCGUCCUGGCUGGCGUGACAGACCUGUUGGAUGGAUUUAUUGCACGGAACUGGGCUAAUCAGAAAUCAGCACUGGGAAGUGCUCUUGAUCCCUUGGCAGAUAAAAUCCUCAUCAGUGUGCUCUACGUGAGCCUAACUUGUGCAAAUCUUAUCCCAGUUCCACUGACUUCCAUGAUUAUCCUGCGGGAUGCGGCGCUCAUUGCUGCGGUUUUUUACGUGCGGUACAAAACUCUUUCUCCACCGAGAACACUGAGUAGGUAUUUUAACCCCUGUUAUGCUACUGCACAAUUAAAACCAACAUUCAUUAGCAAGAUGAACACAGCAGUUCAGCUGGUUUUGGUGGCGGCUUCUUUAGCAGCUCCUGUUUUCAAUUAUGUGGACAGCAUAUAUCUGCAGACAUUAUGGUGCAUCACAGCUUUCACAACGGUGACAUCUGCCUACAGCUAUUACCACUACGGCAGAAAAACUGUCCAGGUGAUCAGGAACAAGUGAAGUGGUGCAGGUGAUAAAGGUGAAGUGUUCCUGGAAGGGCAGGAAGGUGCUGUGCCCCAAGAGGUGGUGGUAUUGCAGCUGAGUUUUGGAUCAAAGCACUCUUUGUUUUUCUGCUUAAACCAUGGCAUCACAAUGAAGUGAAAUUUGAACAUGUACUGUGUAUAUAUGUAGAGAGAGACUUUUCAAUGUAUUUUUAAUUUCUUUAAAAAUGAGGUUGUUUACAAAAACAAAUAAAUAACAUUCUUAAAAACA